AAGACGGUACCGUAGAAGAAGAAAGCUGCUGUUGAUGAGGAAGUGAUCAGCUGAUUGAUUGAAAGCUAACAGUGAAUCAUCUUCUUCAUCCUCUUCAGACUCUCCCGUGGGAAACAACAUGGCGUUCAUCACAGCCAACUGGAACCCGCUGGGAGAAGCUUUUUAUCGUAAAACCGAGCUGUAUGAGAUGUGUUGGAAUUUGAGGGAUGGACUCAGAGACUGUCUGGUGGCUGCAGCUCCAUACGGAGGACCCAUAGCUCUCCUCAGAGAACCACACAGACGUUCUCCCAGUUCUCGUCCACAGUUGGAGAUUUAUUCUGCGUCUGGAGUCUCCAUCACCAGCUUCCCGUGGAAGAGUGGCCCUGUGGUCCAGUUGGGUUGGACGGUCAGUGAUGAGCUGUUGUGUAUUCAGGAGGACGGAUCGGUUCUGAUCUAUGAUGUGUUCGGAUCCUUCAAGAGACACUUCAGUAUGGGUCAGGAAGUGGUCCAGAGUCAGGUGUUGGAAGCCAAGGUGUUCCACUCUCCGUAUGGAACAGGCGUCGCCAUAGUAACAGGCUCUUCCCGCUUCACCUUGGCAACAAACAUCGACGACCUGAAACUCCGGAGGUUACCUGAAGUCCCAGGUCUGCGGGGCAGGCCGUCCUGCUGGGUCGUCCUCACUCAGGACAGACAGACUAAAGUCCUCUUGUCCACCGGACCUGAACUCUACAUCCUGGACAAUACAUCUUGUACUGCUGUGUGUCCUCCAGGUUUCGGUCCACAGGCUGGCAGUAUCGUCCACAUGUCUGUGUCUUUCAGCUAUAAAUACCUGGCUCUCUUCACUGACACUGGACAUGUUUGGACAGGCUCCUCCCAUCUCCAGGACAAACUGAGUGAAGUCGACACCAAAAAGUCGACACCUCCCAAACAAAUGGUCUGGUGUCGCAGACCGAAGAGUCAGCAGCCGUCUGUGGUGUUGAUGUGGGACAGACUGCUCAUGGUGGCUGGAGUCUGUAACGACACCAUCCAGUUCCCCAUGGAGGAUCAGUGCGUUCUGGUGGGAGAGCUGGACGGUGUUCGGAUCAUCAGCUCAACCAAUCAGGAGCUGCUUCAGGAGGUUCCUCUGGUCUGUCAGGACAUCUUCAAGAUCGCCUCCAUGGCUCCUGGCGCUCUGCUGCUGGAGGCCCACAGGGAGUAUGAGAAGUCCAGUCAGAAGGCAGAUGAGUACCUGAGGGAGAUCAAGGAGCAAAGCAUGCUGGGAGAAGCAGUCCGACAGUGUGUGGAGGCAGCAGGACAUGAAUAUGACACCAACACCCAGAAAUCCCUGCUGAGGGCGGCGUCCUUCGGGAAAUGUUUUCUGACCGACUUUAGUCCGGAUCCUUUCGUGUCGACCUGCAGAGAACUGCGAGUUCUGAACGCAGUCAGAGAGAGCGACGUGGGCCUGCCACUCACAUACACUCAAUUCAAACAGAUGACUCUACAGGUACUGAUCGACAGGUUGGUGUAUCGACAGUUUUAUCCGUUAGCGAUAGAAAUCUGCCGCUACCUGAAGAUUCCAGAUUAUCAGGGAGUCAGCCGAGUCCUCAAACACUGGGCUUCCUGUAAGGUGCAGCAGAAGGACCUAUCAGACGAGGCGAUAGCCCGGGCUGUGUGUGUGAAGGUGGGAGACUCACCUGGGGUUUCUUAUUCACACAUUGCAGCUAAAGCUUAUGAAUGUGGACGAACUGAGCUCGCCAUUAAGUUGUUGGACUUCGAGGCUCGGUCUGGAGAACAGGUUCCUCUGCUGCUAAAGAUGAAGAGGAGUCAGUUGGCUCUCAGUAAAGCUGUGGAGAGUGGCGACACUGACCUGGUUUACACGGUGGUGACUUACCUGAAGAAUGAGAUGAACCGAGGAGACUUCUUCAUGACGCUAAGGAACCAACCGGUCGCACUCAGUCUCUACAGACAGUUCUGUAAACUACAGGAACAAGAAACUCUGAAGGAUCUUUAUAACCAGGAUGACGAUCACCAGGAGCUCGCCAACUACUACGUUACUGCCAGUUACAGAGAGAAGAGGUUAGACAGCCGUCUCUCUCUCCUGCAGAGUGCUGUAGAUGAAUACAACAAGGCCAAGAAUGAGUUUUCUGCAAAGGCCACAGAGGAUGAGAUGCGCCUCCUUCGUUUCCAACGAAAACUGGACGACGAGAAAGGGGCAGGGCUACUGGGACUAUCUCUACAGGCGACGAUGGAGGCCCUUCUGGCUUUAGGACUCCACAAACAAGCAGAACAACUUUACAGAGACUUCAGAGUUCCUGACAAAAGGUAUUGGUGGUUAAAACUGAAGUCUCUGGCAGAGAAAGAGGAGUGGGAGGAGUUAGAGAAGUUCUCAAAGAGCAAGAAGUCUCCAAUUGGAUACCUGGCGUUUGUUGAAGUUUGCAUGAAGUGUAACAACAAGUACGAAGCCAAGAAGUACGUUUCUAAGGUAACACCUGAGCAGAAGGUCAAAGCUCACCUGGCCAUCAGUGAUCUGGAGGGGGCGGCAGACGUUGCCAUCGAACACAAGAACGAAUCAGAGAUGGCGGCAGUCCUCUCCAGAUGCUCCGCCUCCGAUCGCUCGUUGAUUGACAGGUUGAACCGAGCCAGAGCCUCCGUUGCCAAAAAGUGACCCUUUAUUUAGAGUGUAUGUCCAGAGACAGCAGAGAGACUCUGCUGCCAAAUAAUGACCCUCAGUUUGCUUUCUGAUUGGUCGUUACCAUCUUCGUGUACUAUUCUUCAUGUGCUUUAAUGUGUAACAGAUCUGAUCAUAUUAUUAAUUAAAUGAUGAUAUGAUGUUUGAUCAUCCAGCUGAACAUGUUUUUUUCUUCUGUGUUUCUGUGUGAAUAAAAAAAGAAAAAGAAA